UUACAGUGAGGCGAGCCUUGCAUAUUUUCAAUUCAUUCCGAACAUAGCAAGUUUAUCCACAAGCAAGGCUAACUGCUCAUAUUAAUUGAAAAUUUUAUCAAGCGACAUAAAGAGGAGACCCAGCUUCCGGAUUGUGGUGCUACAGUGUAGCGAAUAAUUGUACAACAAAAUAUAGGUUAUAAUUUGAGACAUUUUGAGAAUAAUACAAGUUGCAAAGCGAAUUUUCCCCAUGAAUUCUGACGGCUUAGAUAUGUCGAAUUCGGAGGACAAAGCAAAAUCUCCUGAAGAUAUGGCUAAUGAUGCCGAAGGAGUUUGGUCCCCUGACAUUGAGCAAAGCUUUCAAGAAGCUCUAGCGAUUUAUCCACCAUGUGGCAGGAGGAAAAUUAUAUUGUCUGACGAAGGGAAAAUGUAUGGUCGAAAUGAACUAAUUGCUCGAUACAUUAAGCUGAGAACUGGGAAAACCAGGACUAGAAAACAGGUAUCGAGUCAUAUUCAAGUAUUGGCAAGAAAGAAAGCUCGUGAAAUUCAAUCAAAACUGAAGGUAGACCAAGCUGCAAGAGACAAAGCACUACAAACUAUGGCUUCAAUGUCCUCUGCACAAAUUGUUUCUGCCUCAGUUCUGCAUAACAAAAACCCUGCACCUUCAAAUAAUUACAAUGAUCAUUACAGCAAUCCUCAUCCAGGGCAUCCAUUACCUGCCCUGCCUAGUACUCAGUACUGGAACAACCAAGCUACCCAACCAGGAAGUACUCCUACAUCAUUUGGAGGUCUUCCAACAACACAUACAAGGACAUUAUUUGGUGGAAGUCCAGGGCCAGGGCCGUCUACAGCAUUGGUACCCAGUGUCAGUUCGCCAAAUGACGAAAUGAGAUCAGCCUACCCAGGUGGCAACCAAUUAACAAUGAGCGGAAACUCAAACUGGUCAAACAGAAACAUGCCAUUGCGUCUUAUUGAUUUCCAAGCAUUUGUGGAACAGACUGGUGUAAAAGCAGACUCGUAUCACAAGCAUCUAUUUGUCCAUCUUGGACCAAAUGUGAACUUCCAAGAUUCGAUCUUAGAGGCUGUGGAUAUUCGACAAAUAUACGAUAAAUUCCCUGAGAAAAAGGGAGGUUUACGAGAACUUUAUGAAAAGGGUCCACAAUCUGUAUUCUUCUUGGUCAAAUUUUGGGCUGAUCUUAAUACGAAUGUAAAAGAUGAAUCGGGGUCGUUUUAUGGUGUUUCCAGCACGUACGAAUCCAGUGAAAACAUGACAAUUACGUGUUCAACGAAAGUCUGUUCUUUUGGAAAGCAAGUCGUCGAAAAAGUUGAGACGGAAUACGCGCAUUUUGAAAACGGACGUUUCGUGUACAGAAUACAUCGAUCACCCAUGUGUGAAUACAUGAUUAAUUUUAUUCACAAACUCAAACAACUUCCAGAGAAAUACAUGAUGAACAGCGUGUUGGAAAACUUUACCAUUUUACAGACCGUGACAAACAGGGACACACAGGAUACUCUACUAUGCCUUUCUUACGUGUUUGAAGUCUCCACGAGUGAACAUGGCGCUCAACAUCACCUGUACAGACUGGUCAAAGACUAAAGUCCUGGGCAAUCGGAGUAUAACUGGGAGUAAGACAGGGAGUAGAGAGCAAGAAAUAUACCCAAUAUACGGAAGUGCUGUGCGCCUUCCGUGAUGACGCUAUGUAACCAUGGAAACAAGAUUUUUGUUUAUAUAAAUACUAAGUAUACACAUGCGUUCAUAGAGCAAAGCUUAAAGCUAUCGAUCAUAUGCAAUGACGUCAUAACUGCUCCAUAGUUAUGACGUCAUUGUGCACUACAUAAUCGGGUUUCAGAUGGUGAUCGAUUAGAGUCCACUUGAUAGUUAAAAACAUCCCGCGAUUUUUUACUUCCUGCAGUACAUAUAUUAAAAUCAACCUCGUUCCCAGGAAUAUUGCCUUGAAAAGGGAAGUGUCCUGGAAGUUGAUAUCUAUCAAUUGACCACAGUGGUUGACCAUCAUCUAAAGCUCUUCGUAUGCUGAAUAGCUCAACUCGCCUAUAUACCCUCAUUUCGCGUGUGAUUUGCAUGUGCUGCGCGCAUGUUCAAUAGAAACGAACAUAUUUCCAAGUAAGGAAGGAUAAAAGACAUGUAUCAGUAGAUAUUAAUCAGCAGUCAGGUGACAUUUAUAUAGUAUUAGCCGUAAUUUAUAGCGGGGCAGUGAUUACUAAUUAGUCUUACUGAACCAAAUAUGUAGUUUUAUACAUAUCCCAUUUUUCACGUCGUAAUAAUGCCCCCACCCCUCCCCGAGCAAUACUUCGGAGCAUACUGUGAUACUGCACUGCGAUUCACGAGACUAGAAUGUUGCCCAGUGUUUGCAGAAUGAAAAUUAUGAUGUUUAGACGUCGUGACCACGUCUUUUGUUCAAACAUCAUUCUUACAACAAACAGUGCGACUUCGCAGUGCGCACGUUAAGAUUUCUAGAUACUGUGUUGAUGUACAAGUUGUGUAUAUAUUUACCAUGAAUUUGCGCUGAAUGUUCAUAUAUAAUAUUUGUAUGAUAAACGUAACUCAAUAGCGCGAUGAACGAUGAAUUUUUUUUAUAAUAAAUGUUUAUAUAGAUACACAAUGUACUAUGAUUAUAUAUAGGAUGAAUUAGUAACAUUUUUACUUGAAAUUUUUAAAAUAUAUUAUUGUUCAUAAAUA